AUGUCGGGUAGAAGGGGGUCCGUCAAGAGAACGAAACGCAAUGACAACCCCUACAUCAACAAUACGGGCGAGGAGUUGGACGAUUUUCGCAACCGGAUGCGACAAGUUAUUGAUCUCUACUUUUACAUGACUUUCCCUCAUCAAGCUGGCUUCGAAAGCAGGCCCAAACAUCAGCCGUUUAGGAUGAACACUUUGUCUUAUAUUAGAAGUACUAUGCCUAAGAAGGUGAAGGUGGGUUUAGGCUAUUGGAGCUUUAUUUUUUAUUGUUUUUGAAGCUUUAAAUUUGAGUUUUUAUAAUAGGUUGCCUAGGGUAAUAAAGUAUAUAAAUUUUAUUUUUUGGGGUUUUUACUGUAACGUGGUUAUAUUUUUAAUUGUUUUUAUCAGAAUAUGGGCUAAAGUUUGAUCUUUUAAAUUUUUAUUAUAAAAUUGAAAAAUUUCAGAAAAAGCUAAAAGGUGGUGAAAGUGCAUCUCCGGCCUUUGCCAAUUGCCCUCUAACUGAACACAUACCAUCAGUAGUCUUCUUGAGGCUCAAAAAUGACCAAAUGGUCGAUUGUCGCAAAGCUUACAUUCAUUGUUUUCAAGUCAGGGAAAUUGACGGAUUCUUCUCGGCUACUGUAAGUUUUAAUGCGUUUUUUUGUAAAAUUUCGCUUUUAAAAUUAACGUUUUUUUUUCUUUAAUUUAACGUUCCUAAGCCAUUUUUUAUAAAGCAAUGUUUAGGUAACAAAAUUUUGUGUAGUGUAUUAUUAUUGUCUGUUUUUAGCAAAGCGUAGCCAGGUCGUCAUUCGAAGCAGCGUUGGACAGCGAUUUGAAGGUGAAUAUCGAUCUGGUUGGCAUGAAGCCAAUCAAAAUGAACGAUUGUGAUGUAAAGUAAGUAUUGGUAGUAUUUUUUCUUGGUCUAUACUAAAAUUUUAAUUACAUAUUGUAAAAUACGGCAAUAAGGCCAAGGGUGAUUGUUGUAAUCUAUGGACAGUUUUUAUUUAAUAUUAGAUUGUUCAAAUAAUUCUGUGCUUUUUAACUCCGAAAAAUUGCUUUGAAAUUUUGAAAUUUUUUUUUCAACCGGACCUGACCGGACCUCGGUCCGGACCGGUCCGGCAAAACACUGCCUAAAAGCUUAUAAUUAAGCACUAAUUCUGAUUUAGAAACGAGUACCUGGUGGUGAAGGUCAAGUUCGUGACAGAUUCUAUGAAUGUUAGUGGUGGACGAAGGUUGAGGUCAGUGCCAGCACGAGUUCAUGCUCAUUUGGACGAUGCUCCUGAAGGCACGAGUCGAAUCAUGUUAGCGGCUAAGAAGAUAUCAACCAUGCACAGAGAAUGGGAAGGACACAAGGUUAAACAAGGACGAGCUGUACUGGCUUUAAUGUAAGGUUUUGUAAAUUAUUUUUGGGCUUAAAAGUGAUAAGGUAGGGUAGAAAAUGACAUUUUUAAUUUACAUUAGAGAGGGGGGGGGGGUUAAAUUUGGACAAAGAAAUUGUUUUAUAUUUUAAAAAUGAGGUUUUAGGAUAUUAUACUAAAGAAUAUGACAAAGAUUCAAAGCUUAUAAGGUAUUUCAAAGCAAUAAAUGACGUUUUCAGUCCUCAAGACAACCUCGGAAUCGACGGUGACAGUAUGGAAUGGCAGAAAGACGAAAAACUGGUCUCAAAAGUCUUGGCCGAAGCCAGAAAACCAGAACAACAUCCCAGUAUAACCGUAAAUAUCAUAGUAGACCCAAAAGGUGACAUGUUAUCGGACACAGAAGAUGAAGAAGAACAAAAUGAAGCAGAAGAAGAAGCGAAACCAUCAACGUCAAAAGAAGUAAAAGUAAAGGUAGAAGAGGAAGAGCCAUUCGAGUUGAACAAACAACCUCCUCCAGAAGUCUGGGUUCAUCAGAAGAAUCCAGAAGUUUCGAUUGGGACACCACUUGGGUUGUUGGACAUAAUCGAGCCAGGGCUUAGGGACAGAUGGCUGAAUGAGAAAAUGCCUAAAAUACUGGCGUGGUGCUUCAGAAUGACCGAGGAACCGUAUGAUGUUGAGGUAGGGGUACUGGGAGUUGAUUUAUUUAAAAAAUUUUUUAAUUUUUUACAUUAAAAUAGUAUGACAUUCAAAGUCUUAAUUUUGAUUUCUGAUGUUAGGGGGCACGGAAUUAUCUGAACUAUCUAACAUUUCUAUAGAUAACAAUAUCUUUCAGACCGACCUCCCAGAAACAUCCCUAGCAGCAGCAAUAGCAGCGGCCGAGGCAGCUCCACCUGCUGAUGUUUUCAAAUUCACAAAAGGAGAUUGCUUCCUCUGCAAACAGAAGCGAAACUUUACCUUGUUCACCUCUUUCCUCUUCCACUUAUCAACCUGUCACGAUCGAUUGAAGUUCGAAUUCAAGGAAAAGUUGCUCAAAACCCCGCAACAUUUACUGAUAAAGAAGAAGAAGCCAGACGAGUGGUGUCACGGCCUAAUAGUGUCAUUGAACCGAAAGUUUGAUGGAUCUCAUGAAUACGACCUAACGCGACAUUACCGUAAGAAUCUACACAAGAAAGGAGGGUUGGUCAAGGUGCCGGACGCCUGGAAUCAACCACCCUGCUUCAUUGUGGUCAAGUCAAUAGCAAAAGUGUUAAGGGAGACACCGCCGGCUACUUCGGUCAAUAACUACUUGUUCAACAGCAAGUUCAAUUUGUAAGAUGAUUGAUUUGUUAUGUUUUGAGUAGUAUUAUUGUGGAUUUUGUGCAUUUUUCAAUUUUUUAAUAAUUUAUUACAUAGAGUUUGCUUAAACGUAUAAAUCUCAGUUAGGCUUAAAAACCUUGUCUAUUUGUGUUUUUUUUGGCCUUAAGAAGCUUUGUUAUUAACUUAUGCUAACUUUAACGUUCAAGAAUGACAAUAUGGGUAGUAUAAUAUCAUUUUUUCAGUGGAAACUUCGGAAUAACGCAAACCGAACUAGAUCGACAUUUCCAAACUUCCGAAUAUGCCCAAGCUUACAAGCCUUACACUGUUAUGUAUCAAAAUAAGGUCUGUUGUUUUAAACCCAGUUUUUUAUGAAAAAGUAAAACUUUGAAAUUAAAAAAUCAUGUAUGAUUACAUUUUUUAGAGAAUCGAAGAGUAUAUUGACCUGAAUGACAACGAGAAGGCCUUGUUAAAGUUGUUGAACGACUUCUCCUGCACAUUCAGGUGUCUACAUCAACCGAGGAUGACUUUUGGAAUGAUGGUAUGAUAUUACUUUCUAUAUUUGUUUUGAUUAUUUACACAGAUUGGCUAACGAACUCAGGUUAAGGGCAAACAUAACUUAAUAUAAAAUCAAUUUCAGAGAGUACUGAUUUCUGAAAAACGAGAAACACUACUAGACCACAAGAUGUACUUCCAAUUCAACAUCCAUCUGUGCAGUUUGCUAAACUGGAAACGAAUAAACUUAUCAGAAUACUACGACAUUAUUGCUCGACUAAAAGAUGGACCAAGCUACGACCCACGAACCGAUCCAAAACAUAUUGUACAUCAACAACUGAAAAGCCUGGAGCUCCAAAGAUCAUGCCCAAACUUGUCGAAAAGACGUCGAUUGGCUUCAAGAAACUCACAAGAUAGUAUAGGAGAAGUUGUCAGAGAAAACACCGAACCUCCGAGGUCAACGGUUGAUAAAUUGAAGGAAAGUGAGACUAAAACGCAGUCGGAACCGCCGAAAAGCCCACCGAUUCUGGAGGCAACGAAAGGAUUGAAGAGGAAGUCGGUUGAGACGCCUGAGGAAGUUCUGAUGAGUUUGGUGGAUCAGCCUUCAACUAGUGGACUUGGAAAUAAAAGAGCGUUUAGAAGAGACGAAGAUGAGCCAUCGACUUCUAAGGAGUUUCAGAAUGAGGCUACAAGCUCUAGAAACGUUGACAAAGGGCCUACAGGUACGAAGAAGAGUGAUAAACGACCUGAAUCUUCUAAAAACUAUAAAGAAGACAAUACUACCUCUUCAAGUGCUAACAACGACAAAAAUAAGGCUUCAAGUAGUAGUAAAACCAAGGAGAAGAUAUUUAGCAGUAGUAAUGGAAGUGGAAAAAGUAAAAAGCAGGAUGAUUUGGAUGUUAACAACGGCAAAAAGAAGGCAAAUUCAUUCAAAAACAGCAGUGAAAGUUGUAAAAGUGACAAAAUACCUGAUGGAAGUAUCAAUGCCAAGUCCAAAACUGCAGAUGGAAGAGCUAAUCAUCUAGAGGUACCUACUCCAAAUGACAAAAAGCCUUCUGAAAGUGCCAAGAAUUCAGGAAAAAACAGCAAAAGUCCUCUUGGAAGUACUAAAAGCUUUAAUAAUAGUACUAAGAGCGGCACUAGUGCAAAUGGAAGUACCAAAAGCAAUAUUAGUUCAAAUGGCAGUGCUAAAAACAAUAUAAGCCCAAAUAGCAGUGCUAAAAGCAAUCUUAGUCCAAAUGGCAGUACCAAGAACAAUAUAAAUCCAAGCCCUAGUCAAAGAAGUGAACGACGCAACAGCACCAGCAGCAAAAGAUCUUCGAUAUCGGAUAGUACGAACAAGAAUGUACCAGUUGCACGAGUGGGACCCUUUGAUAAGAUCAUUAAAAUUGAAGAAGGUGAUGAAGGUAAGGAUGAACAAGGUGCAGAAAUUAAUGGUGGACAAGAUGUUGCGAUGAAUGAUGCUAAUGUUAGCAAUGAUAAAGCUAAAUUAACUGUCAAACAAGUUGACACAUUAGAUGAAAAGAUGGAAUGUGAAGAGCGUCAAGCAGACGAUGGUAAUCUAGCCGACGUCAGUCGUGACAACUCACGUGAAGACUUGGAAUCUGAAUCCGAAAAAGAAGAGGACGCUCCAAGAACGUUCAGGAACACUGAGCAAAGAGUGAUCAACACAACAUUGGGGAAGAAGUUCUUGAAAAGGCUGAUCAAACGAGAAGAGGCACAAGCAAUGGAGCCGUCUGAAGUUGUGAUCAACUCGUUCGAAGACCUGGAGCAACGAUAUCCAUUUGCGAAUCACAGCAGACUCAAAAUGGUAUGGCAUUUCAUGAGGGAGUGGACUAGAGAGACGGUAGAUUGGAAGUAA